CAUUUCACUGAGUGCGAGACUUAUCCCUCAGUAGUCCAAUUGUCACCACCAGGUGGCGUUAAGGAGCGGGUCUGUUGAAGAAGACGUCAGACCGUGCGAGGAAGACGGUCAAUUGAGACCAGAAACUAAAGAUGAAGACAUUAAUGGUGUUUGAUUUCGACCACACUCUAGUGGAUGACAAUAGUGACACUUGGGUUAUAAGAUGUCUUCCUGGUCAGACUAUUCCCGACUCCCUGAGGAAUUCCUACCGAAGAGGCCACUGGACAGAAUUCAUGGGAAGAUUAAUGAACUAUAUUGGAGACCAGGAGGUGCGUCCGGACCAGGUGCGCAAGGUCAUGGAAACUAUUCCCUUCACAGCUGGGAUGACAGAUUUGCUUGCUUUCAUAUCAGAAAAUAAGAACACUAUCGAUUGCAUAGUUAUAUCCGAUGCCAACACCAUGUUCAUUGACUGGAUCCUACAUGCUGCCGGACUUCAGCAGGCUGUAGAUAAAGUCUUCUCCAACCCAGCCAAGUUCAAUGACCUGGGCUACAUGGAGGUACAUUGUCACCACUCACACGAUUGUGACAGAUGUCCUGUCAACCUCUGCAAGAAGAAGGUCUUGAACAUGUAUUUGUCGGAGCGCAUGGAGCGAGGCGUGGAGUACCAGCAGAUAUUUUACGUGGGGGACGGUGGGAACGAUUUCUGUCCGACUGCCUGUCUGAGGGGCCAUGAUGUCAUCAUGCCCAGGAAGGGCUACACACUGGAGCGACUUCUUGCUACCCUUGAGGACAAAAAGGAUGAGGCUUCAUUAAGAGCACGUGUUAUUGCCUGGAGCAAUGGCACCGAAAUCCUAGAGCAGCUGAAGUCCAGUGUGAAGUUGUAACCCAGCUGUCUUUUAUUUAGAAAAUACGGUGCUACUAAUUAAUUAUUAAAUUACUUCCAGCUUUUCACGCCAGUUUUAUUUUUUCUGGAGGGAGGGGGUUUUGUGAGCUGGACCCCGCGAUGUACAACUUGAAAGCAGAUUUUUUUUUUUAUUGGUGUUCCAAUUGCGUUCUUAAUUCAGACAAUGUUUUUAUUUAAAUUAUUAAUUGACAGUGUAUAUCAUUUAAAAGGCACUCCAUUAACUCCACUCAUGUGAGUAGAAUUAUACUUGGGUAUUUAUCAUUGUGAGAUUCUUAUUGUUUCAGCUACUUGAGAGACUUUUUACAUUUUAAGAAACUGCUCCAGGCUUUUUCAUACAAUAUCAUACAACUUUUUUUGUACGAUAUUUGCAAAGUUGUGGCAAACCUACACUUAAAUCUGUUUGUCAUUGAGAAUGAUGUGUUGUGGUGUAGUUUAUUCUUUUUAUGCUUUUAGCUGAUAUUUAAUUGGUAAUGUAUUUAAUUUUGUUGUUUGAUGAUUUGCAUCAGCUGACCACUUUCACAUGAUCUAGUUAGUCAUUGUGUUGCCUCUGUAGUAUGUGCAGUGAGUUGUUAUGAACACAGAUCAAUUGAAGCAAUUUCAUGUAUCUGAAGUCUAAAUUAUGUUUGUGUCAUCUCAUCGCCUAUGCAAACGUGUGGACCAGCAAGUUAUUGGAUGCAGGCUUGUAGCCAGCUCUGUCACUGUUUAUACACAUCACAAAGAAGCUUCGUACUAUUUUAGGUGACUCUUGGCCAGUGAGAACAGCAUUUUCUCAGUCAGUCUACCUCAGAACUUUCCUGUCUGUCCACAACAACAAUAACACCCCUGACACACAUGUUUACUCUGAUGGUUAUGGUGAAGUAUUAUGGUUGUCAAUGUUAUCAAAUAUGUGAUGUGUUGUGAUUAUAUUUUCACACAUUUGGAUUACAAACUAAAGGAAUACUCUUAGUUUGCUUAGCUGUGCUUGUCUGUGUUGGCUAUGGCUAAUCAAAGACAAAUAAAAUGUUUUGGCACCUGGAGCUAAGAUCAUUAUUU